AUGAAUAUGGAGCGACUGAUCGAGCUAGUAGAAAAAAAUAAAAUAUUGUACGAUUCGGAGCACCCCGAGUAUAAAAACAAUAGUAAAAGGAACGAGAUAUGGGACGAAAUUGGAUUGGAGCUGGAAGAAAGUGGAAAUGAAAUUAAAAAAAAAUGGAAGAAUUUGAGGGACAGGUUCGGAAAAUCUUUGAAGCCCAGUUCACGGCACGCUGGUAAGCCGUGGAUUUGGGCGAAUAAGAUGGAGUGGUUACGUCCAUAUAUGUGUUCAACAUAUAAUAGUGAAGAAAGAGAAGAAGGCGAACCAGAACCAGAAGCUGAAGCACUUUCGUUGGUGUUAACCGACGAGAGCAUCAAUGGGUUUAACCCAAGGGCUACGUCCUCCAUAGAGGAUAUACACCAAAUUUCAAAGUCGCAGGGGUGCCAGGCUGCGGCGCCGAGUCUCUCACUUUCGGCCAACAAACGGAGAAUUGCAACGAUCCGAAUUGCUGCCAAAUUCUUUAACAUCAGCCUGAUAUGCGCACAUGCCCCAACGGAGGAAAAGGACGAUGCCACCAAGGACGCUUUCUAUGCGGAGCUCGACCGAGCCUAUGGCCGCUGUCCUUCCCAUGACAUUAAAAUUCUCCUCGGGGAUUUUAAUGCCAAGGCAUCUUGGCUCUCUCCCGAUCGACUGACCAGAAAUCAGAUCGAUCAUGUUGUGAUCGAUGCAAGGCAUGCAUCUAACAUACUCGACGUGCGAUCCUGUCGGGGUCCCACCAUCGACUCCCACCAUUAUCUUGUUGCAGCUAAGAUUCGCACACGGCUAUGUGUGGCGAAGAUUGCACGUCGAAGUGCGUUAAGAAGGCUGGACAUCGGAAAGCUGCAAUCACAACAGGCGAAGAAUGCAUUCUCCACUCACGUCUCGGGGCUAUUAAGCCGAGCACCUUCAAUACCUGAAGACAUAAGCGAUAUGUGGGCGCUCAUAUCUCACUCUCUGCGAGCUUCGGCAGAAGAAGUGCUUGGAUUCCAGCGUCCUCUAACAAGGAAUCCAUGGUACGAUCAGGAGUGUCAUGACGCAACAGCUGCAAAGGACGCCGCCUACAGAAGAACACUGCAGGCUGGGGCGACACGAGCUAUUGUGGAUGUCUACAGGUCGAGAAGAAGAGACGAAAAACGCCUUUUCAGACGCAAGAAGAAAGAGCAGGAAAGGCGAGAGUGUAAGAGCGUAGAGAGCAGCAGAUGCAGAAAUGAAGCACGCAACUUCUACCAGAGGGUCAAGCGUCUGACCCAAGGAUUCAAGACUGGUGCUGUGGCGUGCAGGGACGAUGAUGGAAAUCUUGUCACAGAAGCAGAUGUCGUGCUGAAGUUAUGGAGGGAUCACUUCUCGAGUCUGUUAUCUGGCUCAAACACAGACUCUGAAGACUAUGAUCCACGAACCCCAAUCUAUGGCACUGAUAUUGAAGUGCCAAUCCCAAGUCAUAUCGAAGUCAAGGAUGCAAUCCAACGGCUUAAAAACAACAAGUCUGCAGGUGCUGACGGCCUGCCGGCAGAAUUGUUUAAGGCAGCUGGUGAUAUGUUGGUAGGGAGCAUGCACCAACUAAUCAGUAAGAUAUGGCUCACGAAGAGCAUGCCCGAAGAUUGGAACCUCAGCAUGAUCUGUCCCAUCCUGAAGAAGGGUGAUGCCACGUUGCGCACCAACUACCGCGGAAUUAGUCUUCUUCCAGUUGCAUACAAGGUCCUAACGAGCAUUUUCACCUUGCGCCAAAUCCUGGAGAAGUCUUACGAAAACCAGAUCGACACGUACCAUCUCUUCGUCGACUACAAAGCCGCAUUUGAUAGCCCCGGCGAGAUCGCCUAUAUGCCGCCAUGUCUGAGCUUGGUAUACCAGCAAAGCUGA